UCUUGAAGGUCCCAUCGUCCCGCCCUUAAAGUUUUGUGAGGAAAGUAAAUCAUGGGAUAUGUCCAACAGGCCAAAUUUAUUUGUCAAUCUUCAUAUAUCUCAAACAUUCACUCAGGUCAUCACUGUUACUUAUACAUAUUUGAAUCAAGAAAUUGAUCUGAAAAUCCAGUAAUGAGUCGAUCUCAAUGCUGCGGUAAGGUUGGUAUAAGAAAAGGGCCAUGGACACCAGAAGAAGAUCACAAACUCUUAGCUUAUAUUCAAGAACAUGGCCACGGAAGCUGGCGCGCCUUGCCCCCCAAAGCUGGGCUUAACAGGUGUGGCAAAAGUUGCAGACUGAGAUGGAUUAACUAUCUGAGACCUGAUAUUAAAAGAGGAAAAUUCAGUUCACAAGAAGAACAAACCAUCAUUCAACUCCAUGCCCUAUUAGGAAAUAGGUGGUCGACUAUAGCUAAGCACUUGCCUAAAAGAACAGAUAAUGAAAUCAAGAAUUACUGGAAUACACAUGUUAAAAAAAGAUUGUCCAAGCUGGGGAUUGAUCCAGUGACUCACAAGCCAAAAAAUGAUUUCUUCAUCAUGUCUGACGAUAGCGAUCAGACGUCCAAGAAUGCAGCUAAAUUUUCGCAUAUGACUCAGUGGGAGAGGGCCCGCCUAGAAGCUGAAGCAAGAUUGGCUAGACAAUCAAAAUUACAUUCGAAUUCUUUCAAGGUUAAUCCCCUCAAUUCACCAGAACUAAUCACCUCCGCUGGUAAGAGUGGUGGUGGUGCUUCAAUGGCGGUGCUUGGUGGUGAGAUGGAACCUACGCCAUCUACAUAUAGCUAUUCUGAUGAUGCACCACCAAUGUCUGCCGGAGAAAACUCCACUAAGUUUGUUGAGAAGUUCACGGAACUUUUGCUUGGUAGUUCUGGUAACAAAAGUUUAUCCGACGGUGGUGGAAAGCCUGAUGCUGGUGGCGAUGGUGCUAGCGGUGGCACUGAUUACUAUGAAGAUAACGAAUUAUUGGAAUAGCAAUCAUAGUACAGACUACGGUGGAUUAUAAUUGGCGCUUUUGAGUGCUGAAAUUUGUCUAUAAAUAAUCCUUUUGUAAUUUAAUGUGGAUAAAGCUUCAAUGGAAGACAAUAUUCAAUGCUAGCUUCAUUUUGUGGAA